GCUAAUUACUCCUGGCCUUUUUAUCCAAUUGCUAACCAGGCAUUGUAUGGUUACGACCAAGCAGCCAACAAAUCUUUCAAAAGCGAGAAAAUCCCAAAUGGCGUCAGAACUCAGGUGGAAGAUGGAAUACAGGCUCUGUUUGUGCCCGCCGGAGAAGAAGUUGACCUUGGUGACUUUGCUGGUACGUGCAUCAGUAAUCCAUUUCUCUGUCAGAAUUUUACAGUGUCAUUUCUCUUUAAAACUGGAGCCGAUAAAGAUCUAAAGGUCCUGAAUUCGGGCUUGCUUGCUGAUGACCAAGCAGAUGAGUACGAGUAUGGCUGGUCAUUUAAGAUUUCUUCCUAUUCUGGCAGUGCUAAAGUGACAUUCCCCUGUAAUGGCGCGUUCAGCGAACUGGCGGCUCGCAAUUCUUGGAUUCAAAUAGUUUUUACUUUUGAUUACGGAAUAAUAACCAACGUAGCCCUCUAUCAAAAUUAUAAUGGCACACUAGUAGACAAUCUGUUGGUAUCGGAACAAAGUUAUGUGGAUCAAGACCGGAACACGCGUCUGAAGCUUGGCUCCACAUCCAACACAAAAGGGUUCUUUAUAAGCAACCUAAAUUUUAUUGAAAUUAAGCUGAGUGUAGAAGAAAUUCAAGAACUUGGGAACAGGAGUUUUAAAGAAGGUAUGAUGAAGGGUCGGUUAUUAAAUGAAGUAUAACUUAAAUCCUUUUGCAGGGUAAUUGUUUUAAGCAAGAGAGAAUAAAUGGACAGAGAAAGAAACGCCCAUUCUAGCCCUUAGGAGAUGAGAAUUUCACCAAAGUUAUUUUUAGACCAAUGAAACACUUGAAAUUAAUCGGAAAUAAGUUUUCGCAGAGGUCCGCAAACUUUUGUUUGGUCUUAGAAUUCAACAGUCGCCAUUAAAAUAUUCUGUAUUGUUUGUUGUGAAGCAGUCAGUCGCCAGUGGACUUGAUGACGUUUUAAACAAUGGAUAAAAAUGUGCGGACGUCUCAGGAAUUAGGCUUUCGUUCCAUUACAUCCUGUUAAAAUAACACAGCCAACGCCCGAAGAUUCCGUCUCUGGUCCAUUAUUCUCUCUUGUUGCGUUCGACGUAAGGAGAACGCAACACAUAAUCUUGGGAUUCCUGUGGUACUAAAGGGUGACCUUUUGUAGUACUCAUUUCGUCGUACGUCUGCAUUUUCUGCGCCAUUUAGAGUAAUUUAACCGUAGCAGGAUUAGCUCAGUCGGUAGAGCGUUUGACUGCAGGGCGGGAGGUCGCGGGUUCGAUUCCCGGGGCCGGACCAUUACUCAGGGUCUUAAAAUGACUGAGAAAUGAAGGUACUUCCUUUGCACUGCAAGCGGUGAGACCUUCGCGUGGCUCGAAUGACCACGUAAAAUGGCGGUCCCGUCUCCAUUAGGAGACGUAAAAAUAGUGUCCCCAAUUAGCACUUUCGUGCUAAAUACAUUGACACUCAAAUAAAAAGUGCAUUUUUUUUUAAAAUUUAUCUCGUGGGCACAAAAAUGUUAAAAAUAAUUAAUUUAACUAAUGGUCUUGGCAAUUUGGUUGCUUGGCGCAAUGCAUAAUGCGUUGCUCUUUAUAUACGUCGACUCUCUUGACGUCGAAUGUCUCGGGUUCCACUCCUGCCCAUUGAGACUUUUUUCUUUUUUUUUUUUGUAGUCGUUUUGCUUUGUUUUGUUUCUUUUUUAAAAAAAAAACAAAGCGUUUUGCAGCAUCAGUUUAUUAGGAAAUAACGUCACAUUUGACAGUAAACCUAAAAAAGCUCGAACGCAGUUCCUAAUCUGCGAUUACCACUAGUUUUAAGUAGAUAAAUGAUUUUCUAGUCUGGCUUAAAAGUCCACCAGACCCAAAGGUCUGUUAGAGGGCCGAUCAUGCAGUACAUUCCGAUUUGGUUAAAGACUAAGAUCAUGUUAGUUUUGUCUGGCUACGGAGAUUGAGUCCGCGGAUUCCCGCUCUGCAGUUUUUAGCAUACAGUUCAAUGAAAACACAAUAGUUCAAUAUAACCACGCCAGAAGUUUAAUAACAGCACAUUUGUUCAAGGUCAUGUCACUCAAAAAGCAUAAUAUAGAGCAUUUAUCUCCCUAAAGCUACCAACUCGUUAAUUUAAGGUGAAAUUUGAAAGUCCAAUUAUUUCUCAAACUGCGGCCUAAGUUAGCCCGAGUACAGCAACAAAAACCAGGGUUGCCACUGUCAGGGAAAAAUCAGGGAAAGACGAAAAGUUUUCAAGGUCAGGGAAGAGUCAGGGAAUUUGUAAAAAGUCAGGGAAAAUCUUUGAUAUUGUCAAGGUCCGUGAAAAGUCGGGGAAUUCUGUUUUCCGGUUUAUAGUUUUCUUCAAGACUUUGAAAUGCAUUUUCUUUCGGAAAAGAGGAAAAGUAUACUGCAAAGCAAGCAAUGCGAUCAAUUUUAACACUCUAUGCCUGACACAUGUAGUAGUUGUGGUCAGUGGUUUUCGUUGUAAAUGCUUUCUUCCAAAUUCCUUCUUCCUCUUUCAGCGAAAACCGGAAAG